AUGGCGGUGGGCCCAUCGCUCAGAACACUACCUAUGGUGGUCGGCCGAUGGCUGUAUAAUAGCCCCAGUGGCGGUGGGCCCAUCACCCAGAAAUAUACCUAUGGCGGUGGGCCCAUCGCUCAGAACACUACCUAUGGCGGUGGGCCCAUCGCUCAGAACACUACCUAUGGCGCCCCAGUGGUGAUGGGCCCAUCACUCAGAACACUACCUAUGGCGGUGGGCCUAUCGCUCAGAACACUACCUAUGGCGGUCGGCCGAUGGCUGUAUAAUAGCCCCAGUGGCGGUGGGCCCAUCACCCAGAAAUAUACCUAUGGUGGUGGGCCCAUCGCUCAGAACACUACCUAUGGUGGUGGGCCCAUCGCUCAGAACACUACCUAUGCGGUCGGCCGAUGGCUGUAUAAUAGCCCCAGUGGCGGUGGGCCCAUCACCCAGAAAUAUACCUAUGGCGGUGGGCCCAUCGCUCAGAACACUACCUAUGGCGGUGGGCCCAUCGCUCAGAACACUACCUAUGGUGGUGGGCCCAUCGCUCAGAACACUACCUAUGGCGGUCGGCCGAUGGCUGUAUAA